AUGUCAACAAUCCAGAGUUUCAGACAGUUUAUCAACGAGAGGUUACACACUGCUGCUGAAGACAUAUUUGGAUGUUUUGAAGCGACUGUCGCAAAGUACGAGGAUGAGAUCGGUCGUCAGCGCAGACUGCUGGAUGUAACUUUGAAACCUGUAGUAAAGCUGCAGAGAAUAGAGCUCCCACAGCGACAUGUCUGUAUCAAGGAAGAGUUUCCUGCUGACCUGCUGGAGAGGAACCCCAGUCCAGACCAAGAGGAGCCAGAACCUCCACAGAUUAAGGAGCAGCAGGAGGAGCACUGCAUCGAGCUCCCAGAGCAACAUUUUAUUAUUGAGGACGAGUUUCCAUCUGACCAGCAGCUCUGGAACCUUGAGAGGAACCCCAGUCUGGACCAAGAGGAGCCAGAACCUCCACAGAUUAAAGAGCAGGAGGAGCACUGCAUUGGCCUGGAAGUAGAGCAGCUCGUGAUGAAGCAGAAGGCUCAAGAUAACGUUUUGUUGAAUCCUACUUUCAAGGAAAGUGACCACAGUGAACCAGAGACAAGUGACCACCAGCUUCUCUCUCACAGCUCAGCUCAGAGCCAAGAUCUCAAUGGACUCAAGCAUGGAAACUCAAAAUCAGUUAAAAAUGCAGAGCAGGCAUCAGAAAAGGGACAUCAUGUCAUCACAAGGGCAAAAGAAAGCACAAGUCCCAGUAACCUUGCAUGUAGCACUACCAUGUCAAAGAUUGUGCCGAAUAUCUGCAAGAGUAAUAAGGUUUUCCAGUGUGACACUUGUGGAAAAGUCUUUAAGUGGAAGUCACGAUUAAAUAGACAUUUGAGACUCCACACAGGGGAGAAACUGCAUUCUUGCGAAAAGUGUAGAAAAAGUUUCACAACUAGCACAAAUUUGAAGAGGCACGAGAGAACACACACGUGCGAGAAACCUUUUCCUUGCAUAACUUGUGGGAACAUUUUUACGCGUGUAAAUGACCUGCAGAUCCACAAGAGAACUCACAUGGGCGAGAAACCUUUUUCUUGCAAAACUUGUGGGAGAUGUUUUAGCCAUAAAAAGACCCUGCAGAUCCACGAGAGAACACACACGGGUGAGAAACCUUUUAUUUGCAAAACUUGUGGGAGAAGUUUUAGCUUGAGAACUUCCCUGCUGGACCACGAGAGAACACACACGGGCGAGAAGCCUUUCUCUUGCAAAACUUGUGGGAGAAGUUUUAGCCAGAGAAAUACCCUGAAGAGACACGAGAGAACACAUACGGGCGAGAAACCUUUUACUUGCAAAACUUGUGGGAGAAGUUUUAGCCAGAGAAAUACCCUGCAGGUCCACGAGAGAAUACACACGGGGGAGCAGCCUUUCUCUUGCAAAACUUGUGGGAAAAGUUUUUCACGUGGAUGUAGGUUGAAUGUCCACAUGAGAAGCCAUAAAGGGGAGGAGUCAUAUCCAUGUACAACUUGUGGGGAAAGAUUUGUGAACAAAUCCCUUCUAACAAAACAUUUGAUCACCCACACAUUGCAAAACUGAUAUGUUUUUUUAAAUGUUGGAAAGAUCUCUGUCUACCCAGUUUAUACAAACUCCACAGGAGAAUACAUCCAGUUGAGAAGCCACACGAGAGGGAUAUGAUUUGCUCAAGCGUUGUCAAAGAAGUUGUUACUUAAUUAUUGAUUCAUUAAUUAGUGAUACAACACAGGGGAGAAACUGCAUUCUUGCGAAAAGUGUAGAAAAAGUUUCACAACUAGCACAAAUUUGAAGAUCCACGAGAGAACACACACGGGGGAGAAACCUUUAAUUUGCAAAACUCGUGGGAGAAGUUUUAGCGAGAGAAAUGCCCUGAAGAGACAAGAGAGAACGCACAUCGGGGGAGAAGCCUUUCUCUUGCAAAACUUGUGCGAAAGUUUUACAUGUGGAUGUAGGUUGAAAGUCCACAUGAGAAGCCAUAAAGGGGAGGAGUCAUAUCUAUGUACAACUUGUGGGGAAAGAAUUUUGAGCAAAUCCCUCCUAACACGACAUUUGAUCACCCACACAUUGCAAAUCUGAUAUUUUUGUAAAAUGUUGGAAAGAUCUCUGUCUACCCAGUUUAUACAAAGUUUACAGGAGAAAUCCUCCAGUUGAGAAGCCACGCCAUGGCAACACGAGAGGGAUAAGAUUUGCUCAAGCGUUGACAAAGAAGUUGUUACUUUAUUAUUGAUUCAUUAAUUAGUGAUACAACAGUUAGCAAAAACGACACGGGAAAUGUUUCCAUGGGACCAAAAAAGUGAUGAACCUUGUUGUAGUUCAAUGUUUUAUGAAGUUCCAUCACCACUGAUUAGUAGCAGACUUCAAUAACUUCACAAAGCAUUGAACUACAGCCAAGUUCCUCACUUACAUCUACACAAUAGAGAUUAUCUACAUUUGCAUUAACUGCAUCUCUGCAACUGAAUGUGGAAAAUAUCCCAUUGAGGAGACAUCACAAUAUCUUUGAUGGUCAACAACAUUUGCUGAAGUGCCCACGUUUACGUUCUUCAUGUGACUGUCAUUGAUAUUUACAUCUGCAAAGGAAGUGAUGUUUUCACGUUUCAUGUCUCUUUGUUUAUUCAUGUGUCAGCACUUUAUACCAAAUGGUGCAGGAAGGGGACGGGGGUGAGAGCAAUGUAUUGGGUUAAAGUGGCAUAUCCAGGAUAUUUUCUAAUCACUGAAUGUUGAAAGAUGUCAAUAUGUGUCAGGAAAGACUGUGGAUCGAAAUGUAAAAAUCUGAAAUAUUUGUGGUUCAGAGAUUUAUAAGAACACAGUAUGUGGUGCAGAUUAACAGAUGACUUCCCUUUUUCUUUUCUCUUUCUUUAACAAAGAAGAAAAUAUGUUGUUAAUGUGUACACAGUCCUAAAUGACUGUCACUGUAAAUGGUUAUUCUUUUG